AUGGGUAUUUCUUGUGACAAGAUGCGUGCCACUGGAGGCAAGCAGAAGCAAUGUAGGAAAAAGCAAAAGUAUGAGAUGGGAAGGCACCCUGCCAACGCCAACCUCUCAAACAACAACAAGACGGUAAAAAGAAUCCGAGUUCCUGAUAGAAACGUUAAGUACGCUUGGGGAAGUGAAGCAGUUACCCACAACACCAGAAUCCUUGAUGACGUCGUCUACAAUGCAUCCAACACCGAGCUCGUCGUCGGUACUAAAACACUUGUCAAGAGUGUUAUAUAUAUGUUCUUCAGGUGGAUGCUGCUCCUGUUAUCUCCAGAACUUUAG